AGUGACGCUCAGACCUGCAAGAAAGUGACAGGAAGCUGACCGCAGGAACCAGAACCAGAACCAGCGCUGCGGCGUGGCUCCUCCUGGAGGGGGCGCCGUGUGGGUGGCAGCCAGCAGAUAGUGACUAACUCCAUCCAGCAUGGCGGCUCCUGCUGCGAAGCAGCCAUGAUGCUGAUGACCUCUGUGUGAUGUCAUCAGGAGGUGUUGGCCCGGUUUAUAAAGCUCCCUGGUCCGGGACCGUACCAACCCUCACAGAACCAGAGACCCGGGACAACAGACGGGUUCUGGUCCAAAGGACGACUCUUAAUCCCAACAGAACCUCCAGAACCAUGUUGUUCUCCAGCAGCCUCCUGCAGCGGUGGUUCUUCGCGGUCUUCCUGCUCUGCUCCCCGGUUCCGUUCGCGGGCCGGCCCGUCGACACCCUGAGCGGCAGAAUGAGGCGCUCUGUGACCCACACUCAGCUCAUGCACGACAAAAGCCGGAUGCUGCAGGACUUCCGGCGACGCAUGUUCCUGCAGGGCAUCCUGGACGCGGUCCACACGGCCGAGAUCCUCCCGGUCCGCGGCGCCGGGGGCAGCAGCGGCGCCGGCGCCGGGCCUCCCGGACCGGGCCUGGGGGUCAACCCGAGCACCACAGGCAGUACCCUGCAGUCCAAGCCCCCUGGAGGAACCAAGAACCUCCCUGUCAUGUUCCAGGAGGAGGAGGAGGAGGAGGGCACCCACCUGCCGCAGGAGACCAACAAGUCCUACAAGGAGAAGGUUCCCAGCAAGAGGAAGCGGAAGGGGAAGUCUGGCCGCCGGAAGGAAGCGGAGAAGAGGAAGAGGACGGUUCGCGCCGUCCGGCAAAGGCCAGGGGAAGAGGCGGGCAGUGGGCUCCACCUGGAGUGGAGGCCGCUGCUGGGCCUGCAGGGGGCGCUGCAGUGAGACGCCGUCAGCCUCUGACGGAGACAGAAAUCUUGGCCUCGCCUCUUGGACUCCUAAAUGUUCACGACUCGUUCUCCUGUCACGGAGCAUUUGGACCGCAGAAAGAAAAUAUUUAUUGUGUGUAAAUAUCUGAGAUUAAGAAGCAGAAUAUGUUUAAAUGAAACCUUAUCGGCGCUGUGUGCAGCCGCAGAUUUUAAUCUUGUGAAUCCUUUUUUUAUUCCAGUAAUGUCUGAUUAAUUCCAGUAAUUUAUUUUGGUGUAUUUAUUUUGAAACGUAUCGAGGUGCUGCUGACCUUCUAUAUUUUUGUACCAUAAUGCACUUUAGAUAUCUGACUAUAAUCUAUAAACUUGUUUUUGUUGACUGAAGUAAAGAAAACUCGACUUUUUUUUGUCAUUUUCUUUCAUUUGUUUAAACAUGUUGUUUUGUUGAAGCUGUUUGCUGUUUUCCUCCUCGUGAUGCCUUCACUGACCGUCGGUUUUCUCCACGCUCUUCUUCGCCAGGCCAAAGUUCACGUGUUCAUGUUGGUGAAGCCUGUUGUUCUGAGCUGAUUAAACAUGUCGUCAUAUCUGA